CGAAACCGAGCAGAACCCUGGUUUCGGGGUUUAAGCCUGAAGGAGCCUCUUCUCCGAUCAGUGUUUCUUCACCACAGCAAUGGAGGGAGUGUCCUACGCUCGCAUGCCCAGAGUCAAAAUUAGAGAGCUCAAGGAUGACUAUGUCAAGUUUGAGCUCCGAGACACCGACGCUAGCAUCGCCAACGCCCUCCGCCGCGUCAUGAUUGCCGAGGUGCCCACAGUCGCCAUUGACCUAGUUGAGAUCGAGGUCAACUCCUCGGUCCUCAACGACGAGUUCAUCGCCCACCGCCUUGGUCUUAUCCCCCUCACCAGUGACCGUGCCAUGGCUAUGCGCUUCUCGCGUGACUGCGAUGCCUGCGACGGUGACGGCCAGUGUGAAUUCUGCUCCGUCGAGUUCCACCUCAGGGUCAAGUGCAUGACCGACGAAACCCUAGAUGUCACCAGCAAGGACCUCUAUAGCUCCGACCACACUGUGGUUCCUGUAGAUUUCAGUGACCCUGCUGGUAUGGAGGCUUCUGAGAACAGGGGGAUUAUAAUUGUGAAGUUGCGUCGAGGGCAGGAACUGAGGCUGAGAGCAAUAGCUAGGAAAGGAAUUGGCAAAGAUCAUGCGAAAUGGUCACCAGCCGCCACUGUAACUUUCAUGUACGAGCCAGAAAUUCAUAUAAAUGAAGAUCUCAUGGAGACAUUGACGCUUGAUGAGAAAAGAGAAUGGGUUGAUAGUUGUCCUACCCGUGUGUUUGAUAUUGAUCCUGUAACGCAACAGGUUAUGGUGGCUGAUCCUGAGGCAUAUACUUACGAUGAUGAGGUGAUCAAGAAAGCUGAAGCUAUGGGCAAGCCUGGGCUUGUGGAAAUCAAUGCAAGGCAAGAUUCCUUCAUAUUCGCUGUGGAAUCUACGGGUGCAAUCAAAGCUUCUCAGUUGUUAUUGAAUGCCAUUGACGUUCUUAGGCAGAAGCUAGAUGCAGUCAGGCUCUCAGACGACAAUGUGGAAACUCUUGAACAGUUUGGUGAAUUAAGUGCACAUUUGUGAGGAGGUUGAUCGGGAACAAAGGGACAUAGAUAGGAACAAAUUAAUGGUCAAAGUCAAUCGUAACUAGAUAUAUAAACAUGUUAUUGAAUAUGUUAAUGCCUGUUUUAUGAUCAGUCUGAUUAACUGAUGUCUCGUGGAUCGUCCUGCCCAAGAAUUUCUGUUUGUUGAUAUUGUUCGGCCUAGAACUUGUUUUGUGGACCAUGUAUUGAAGUGAAUAGCUGCAGCUUGUGCUGCCUUCCCUGAAAUGCUAAUUAUCUUUCGAAGACAAAGUUACCGCUUUCACGUCUGAA